AGGAGUGCGGGGUGGGGCCGCGCGGGCGCUGAGUCGGCGCAGGGGGAGCGGGCGGCGGGGCCGCGCCGUCCCCUCACAGGGAGGCGGUAGCGCUCGGCCCGGCCCCGGCUACCGGCGGCAGGGCGAAGCGGCUUCGGCUGGUGUCUGAAAGCCCCUGGGGUGAGGUGGUGGUAAGGAAACAGCGGAGCCCCGCCGGGCAUAAGCCCUGCCGGGCUGGGGGGAGAGGCAGUGUGGAGGGCCAGGCUCUGCCUGUCAGCGAGGGGCUGCUGCUCCUCGGUGGUCAGAGAAGGUGUCCCGACUUCAGCGGGUUAGCGACUACUUUGUGCCUUCUGAGGAGACUUGCGUUCCGUAGGGUUGCGUUUGUAGUCUUCUAAAAGUAUGGCUGUGAGGGAGUUAUUCUAAGCAGAAAAAGUGUCCUCACUUCCUUGUUUUGUUAGCCUGAGUAAUAAUCUGCAGCAUGGAGACUGUUCUGCAACUGUAGGCUCGUAAUCUGUGUUAAGAAUAUUGGAAAAAAGUUUCUGUUCAUAUGCCGGAGAAGAUUGAUUUGAAUGAUGUGUCCUGGCUUACAGAUAGAGGCUCCUCGGGCUGUGUUUCCAAGGAAUUGUCCUCCCGUCUGGAUGCGGUGAGCUGCCAGGUGAAUGCCGUAACUAUUGAAUGACCUAACCUUACAGCAGCUGACCACAAAAAUAAUUUUAAAAAAGGUUCGGACAUGCUCUGAGCUGUGUAGCUUUCUACUAAUGUAUCAGUGUGUUACUUACUGUUGUCAUUACUGCACUGCAUUGCAAGUCUGCUGCAUUAUUGAUAGCUGUAGGAAUGGGAACAUCAUUGAGGUGUAAAUUGAAGACUGCAUUCAGUUUAACCUUUGUACCUUACUAUUUGUCAUCUCAUUUAACUAAGUGAAUUACCCUCAUGGCUGCUCCUCAUAAUAUAAUUUAGGAGCAUAUAUUUUAUGGUAUCCUGUUUGCUAGUUCUGAUCUAACUGAGUUCUUUAGUGUUUGUGUACUACAAAGCAAUCUGAUAGCGGCUUGAUGUUGUCCGCCCCACGUCGUCACCCCCUUUCUGUUUUUAUUGAAGUUACUCUUGUGUGUUGUUAUAGAUUGUGGCCCAAUAAUUGACAGGAACCAGUCCAAUUAAUCAAAUUAGUUUAUUAAGCAAGCGGCAGCAAGCAAAACAGCGCUGGGCGGCCGGGGAGUCUUUGCUCCGCCAACGGUGCACACCCACUUCCCGAAAGUAGCUGAUUAUAUACUCUUCUGGUUCCCGUAUAUGUGUCAAUCCUGGUAUAUUCUGUGUCUGAGCGACGUGUUGCUAGGGGGUCGGUCUUGUCCCGCCUCCUGGUGGUCGUGAGGCUGAAGGCUCCUCAUCUUUAUCAGUGUCCUUGGGGAGACUCUUUUCAGCUUAUCGCACAACUUAGCUCUUCCCUUUGAAGUGUUAAAGCACACCAGAGGCCUGUGAUUUAGGCCUUCAGGUGUCAAAGCGCCCCAGACAGCACACCGGAUGCCUGUGAUUUAGGCCUUGAGGUGUCAAAGUGCACCAGAUAGCACACUGGAUGCCUGCGAUUUAAGUAUGUGAAGAGUCGAAACAGUGUAAGUUUUCACCAGCCUUUAAGAAAGCCUGAUUUGAUUAACAAACAUGAUUCUCUUUAUUACAGUGUCAACCUUUGAAACUGCCUUCCCAGGUUAUUGUAAGUUUUCUUCCUUGUCACUCUGCCCAGCUGUAAUGGAUAUUGCAUUAAUUUUUUCUGAGCAGUAAGUUCAAUUCAGAUAGUUCGGGUAAGAGGACGUUUAAGAGCCAUAUUAAUGAAAUAUGAAUUUGGGUAUAUUAUUUAAAAGACAGAGUAGAGAAAAAAGCCCCAAAAAUGCUUUUCACUGACUUUUCCAUACCUCUUGUGUGUAUGCUACUUGGAACACAGUUGCGGACAAAACUGUGGUUUUGGUGCAUUUCUCAAUGUUUGGGGGUUUGUUUAUUUAUAUAAUUGAAAUGUUAAUACCAAGUGGAGACUUUUGCAUUUGUCCAACACAUGAUAUCACCAUGACACUGAGCGGAUCCAAAUGAGAUAAUGAACUUCCUGGGUCUUUUCCUUCUGGCAGGUGACCACCACCUCUUCUUACUCUUUGGGGGGCCUCCUGAAGCUCUGUUCACCAGCUGCUAAGCUUCUAAAAGGAUGAGGGAAGGAUCUAAAUGCCCUGUGUGGCUGCCGCCUGUUGCCAUCUGGAGGUGUGCAAGUGUGCGUGAGCAGCGUGUGCCCCUCCUUGUGGGUGCAGUAACGCUGUGUCCUGUAGCUGAGCAGGGGAUGCUGUGGAGGUGGCUGUGGUAGAGGUUGUUCCAGGAUCAGUCAGGGAACCACACUGUACCGGGAAGGGCAGGAAUUGGUGGGGUAAGGAGCCAUGCCUGUGUAAACACAUGUAUACACAGGGCUGUCUGAAUAGUUGUAGGUGCGUGGGUGUACCUGUGUGUAACUGUAUGUGUACACACACAGAGACGCGGUCAGAUCAGUGGAGUGCCCUGCGCGCAUAAAGUAAAACCAUUCAAGGAACGGUGAAGAAUAGGACUUGGUGCUGUGUCUCCUUGCCCGGCACCUGGGUUGGGCCGUCGUGGCCUUGGGUGCAGGAAGGUAGUCCAUGCGUAGACUGAAAUGUGUGGCACGGUGUCUGAAAUGUGCUGAGGUUUAGGAUUUCUCUUCCUUUUGGUGUGUUGCCCAGGGUGAUUUCCCCUAAUAAAGGGAAAUGGUGAGGGGAGAGGGGCUGCUUCUGCCGAGAGCAGCACAGACGACCUUCCCAUGGCGUCUCGCACAGCGUUACUGCGGCUGCAGCUGCCUGGUGCUGCUGCCGUUUGGAGCGAGCACCACGCAGGUAUGCAAGCGGCAAUUGGUCGCUUUCGUGUGCCUGGAGGUGAGGGAGUCUCCUCUUGUGUCUUGAGCUCGAGGGGCUUGAGGAGCAUGAGGUGGCCUUCUCCGGAACCAGUGACUCUGCUCACGUUGGGCAUUAGUUGCUGGGGGGUGAAGCUGGGGUGUUUGAAGCACAAGGGCAGCUCAGCGCUAGGACUCGACCCUGCAUGCAGCCCACAUUUUGAGAGCAGGGUAGUUCCAGGGCUGUGGGAGAGCUCCGUCCGUCUUCAGUCCACGAUGUUGGUGGGGAGGUUUCUCUGUUGAGAGUGUCCCUUUGGGGAGUGAGGGUCUGCGAGAAGACGACCUACCCCGGAGGACAGCGCCUGCCCGGCAGCACUUGUGCCUGGGUCUCCCCGGUGUUUUGUGAAUGUGGCUGGAUGGCCCUGGAGAAGCCCUGAGUGUGCGCCCGCCUGUGAGCUGAGGGGGUGGGAGGGCUCUAGGCAGCUCUGGCACCCACUUUGAAACCACAUCCUUUGUUGACCAGCCUCCUGAAGUGUCCCACCGGCACUCCAGCAGCCUGUGGCACCUGGGAAGUUGCUGUUGGAGAUGAGGCAGCAGCCUGCUCACACCUUUACCGGUGCCGCAGUGGUGGGCGCAUGUUUCUCCGGACAGGGCAGUUGCCUCUUGAUGAGAAGGGGCAGUGUUGGCACUGGCUCUGUGGUGCUCCUCCUGUGGGCAGCCCCUGGCUUGCAGGGAGCAGGUUUUGCUUCUGUGGGGUUUUCUCUCUGAAGAGACACCUGUGGAUUUGAGGAAUCGUGCGCCUGUGGGGGCUACAGGUGAAGAUGCAGGACCCUGAACUUAUUGCAAAAACAGUGCGAGCUGUUCUUCAUCCCUUUAAAAAUGGAGUACCUUUGUCAGAACUUCAGGGUGAAUACAAAUCCCUGACCGGCGACUGGAUUCCCUUCAGGCACCUAGGACAUGGCACACUGCAAGGCUACUUGGAGAGCAUCCCAGGAGUGGUCAGAAUGGAAAAGAACAAAAUGGGAGAGGUCACUUGCCAUGCUGUUGCUUGCAGCGAGACAGUGCCAAUUGCUCAACUGGUGGCCCGGCAGAGGAGUUCCAAGAGGAAAAUGGGACGGCAAGUGAACUGCCAGAUGAGGCUGAAGAACACGUCUCCAGUCACAUUAGCAGGAAAGCCCAAAGGAACUUUGCGACAGCCCAGGUCUUUGAGCGUGCCAGAAGAAGGCAGCAAGAGGCCUGUUCCUCGCCCACCACGAGGCAGAGGAGUGGCGUGUGGAGUGGUGAAACCCACUGUGGAGAGUGCACGGUCUGCCUUGCCUCCAGCCACUGGGAGUGGACCAUCUAAAGAAAUUCCCAUGCAGAGGCACGUCACUGUGGUAAACAGGUCUGAGAAGAGACUAACUGUCCCACCACGGUUUCAAAAGGAGUUGCAAGUUCACCUGUCCAGGAGUUCUUCCGUAGAUUCAAAUGAUAACUUGAAAACUUCCAUUGCGGAGACACAUACUGUUGCCUCUGCCCCUUCUGCUGCUAAUGUCAAUGAAGUUCAAAGUCGCAUUAUAGAGAUUCUGAGCAAGUGCAGCAGUGGUGUCUGGGUGUCAAAGAUGCCACAGAUCUACCGGGAAAUGUACUGGGAGGAGCUUAGCACAGCAGUGCUCCGUCAGCUUGAGAAUUGGCCUCAUGUGUGCACAGUGGAGAAAGUACACAGGGGUGAUCAGGUGGAUGGGCUUCUUUAUCCUGCUAAGAAAAUACCACCGGUAGUAAAAGGUGAUACAGAGCAAGAAAAGGCAUCUCAGAAUGUCACUUCUUCAAAAGUAGACCCUUUGUUAAAACCAAAUGCGGAGACCACGCCUGCAUCACUUAGUAGUGACGUCAAACAGAAAGUUGUUAACAUAUUGCUGAAGUAUUCCAGUGGUCUUUGGGCUAAUGCGCUUCCCAAAUUGUACCAAGACACCUACCAAGUAAAAUUUCCAGAAGACAUUCUAAAUAAUCUAGAGUUGCUCUCAGAUGUAUGUAUAGUGGACUAUGUAUCUGAAGUCCCCAGAAAGGCCAUCCUCUAUGCUAAACCCCAAAGAUGCAUUGAUGAAAAUCUGAAUGUCACUGAGAAAGUCCAGAGGCACGACGGUGUGAAGGCCACAGCUGAACAACGGUAUGAAGAAUCCAAGGACCAGUAUCCAGAGAACAUAACUGUUCCUCCUCUAAUCAUUCCAUCGGAAGGAUCUGUGUCCGUCAUGGUGUUGGAACUGAAAAACACUAAUGAGGUCCUAAUUAGAUAUGUGGGCAAAGAUUAUUCUUCUGCCCAAGAACAAAUGGAAGAUGACAUGAAAGCAUACUACAGUCAGAACAGUACAGUGUCACUAGCUCAAUCUCUAAGCGUUGGGCAACUUGUUGCAGUACACGCUGAAGAAGACGCCUGGUUGCGUGCUCGGAUAAUUUCUCUAGAAGACAACAGAAUAAAGGUAUGCUAUGUUGAUCAUGGCUUCAGUGAGUUUGUUGAAAAUAACAGUGUGUACAAACUACAGAAACAGUUCCAUUCACUUCCAUUUCAAGCUGCAAAAUGUAAACUGGCAGGACUGGAAGCCUUCUGUGAUGAUCCUGUCCUAGUAAAGACUGUGGAAUUGCAGACGUGCUUUAAGAUAUUUGCUGUGGAAAUACUGGAAAAGAGUGAUAUUCCUCUUCUUGUUCUCUAUGACACUUCCGGAGAAGACGAUAUCAACAUCAAUGCUACUUGUCUGAAGGCAUUGUAUGACAAGUCCCUUGAACUGCACCUACAGGUAGAUGCACUCUAUACAAAUGUCAGAGUAACCAGUGUUUUCUCUGAUGGAAGCCUGUAUUGCCAAGUGCCAUCUAAAGGCUUGUCUAGACUUUCUGAAAUCUUGCAGAAAUUAGAAGACUACUUCCAUUACAAGCAGACACCUGAGUUUAGUGUAUCACUACCUUUCUGUGGCAAAAUCUGCUUGUUUCCUUCCAAAGGAAAAUGGGCACGUGUAGAGAUAAGACUUAUUCACUCUAGGCGGGCGCUUGAUGUGCAGUUCAUGGAUACUGGAACAGCUGCAACUGUAAAAAUAUCAGAGCUUAGAGAAAUCCCACCACAAUUCCUGAGAGAAGUAAUUGCAAUACCUCCUCAGGCUAUAAAAUGCUGCCUAGCAGACCUGCCUCCUAACACUGGCAUGUGGACUCCAGAUGCUGUACUGUGGCUGAGAGACACUGUAACGAAUUGUCCUGAAUUUAGCAUGAAGGUGGUUAAGCAGGAUGGUUCAAAGGGAAUUACACACAUUUACUUGUUUGCUCCAGAGAAUUUCCCGGACACGGAUCGUAGCGUCAAUCGACAGAUCAAAAAUGCAGACUUGUGGAAGCAUCAGAAAGAUGUUUUCUUGAGUGUCACACCCAGUGGGACUAGCUCCACAAAAGUGACAAGUGAUGCUGUUUCAGCUCUACAGUUAACUAGUGGAAGGGUAGAGAAGAGUUUGUCUGAUUCAGCCAGAGAACCCAGCAGUGCAGCGUCUACCGUUGAUAUGCCCCCACCUCUACCCUUGUCAAAGACUGGUGAGCUCAUGGAUGUCUAUGUCUCAGUUGCCUGCCAUCCAGGUCACUUUAUUGUCCAGCCUUGGAAAGAGCUACAUAAUCUGGAAGCCCUAAUGGAAGAAAUGAUCUUGUACUAUAGCAGGGCAGAAGACAAACCUGUGAAUGUUGAAAAAAACAAGCUGUAUGCAGCUAAAAUUGAAAAUCAGUGGUACAGGGUCAUAAUAAAAGGAAUUCUUAGAAAUGGGUUUUUGUCGGUAUAUGAGCUGGACUACGGUAAGCAUGAGUUUGUCAGCAUAGAGAAAGUACGGCCACUCAUGGAUACAUUUAGAAAACUACCUUUCCAAGCUAUAACAGCUCAGCUUGCAGGAGUGAAAAGCCAGCAGUGGUCAGAAGAGGCAUCAAUAGUGUUUCGGAAUCUUGUAGAGAAGAAACCCUUGGUGGCACAGAUAGAGGCAGUUAAUGAAAGCACUAACUCUUGGGAUCGAAAAAUAGUGACUUUCCUCGUGGACACAUCUCAUCCAGAUACUGAUAUAUGGAUUCAUGAUUUUGUGUCUCAGAGUCUUGUGGAAUUUUCAAAGGAUGAUUAAUCACCACUUCUGAAAUGUAGCAGCUCAGAUUCCUUAGCAAUAAAAUAAGUAACAGGCUUUGAAGAGAAAUAUUACUACUACAUGGCCUUGAAGACAUAAAGGGGAUAAAAUUUAAAAACCUGUGUUAUGUGAAAAGGUUUUGUUUAACAAGUUUGGGUUCUGUUGACUUCAGUUGACUUCCUGAAAUUUGCACUUUGUUUACCAUUGUAAUGCUAGAAUGUUUGGGUGAAAAUAUU